AGGAAAACGGGGGAGAAGCGGUAGGUCGGUGACAACCUGAACAAUUGUGUACGCUACUAAGUUAUUCUUAAGUUCCGGGAUACCGCUACACACGCACGGCAAUGGUGUCAAGACCAACAACACAAGGGAUGGGUGCGUGAAACCCGCUAGGUACACAGUUUGGACAACAACACUUCAUAACAUGUAGGCUACUUGUUUCCUUAGAAACACUUCAGUGAGUCAAGACUUGAGUCAAGAUGUGUUCUCACGCUAACAUCAGCAGCCCAUCUUUUAGAAUGAACAGGCUUUUAUAACAUUUGAAAGAUGCAUCAAGGUCUUCUCAAAGCUUUGAUCAGUUUAUCGCUUAUUGUGCCCUCUGCAUGUCAAGGUUUCGACUUUUGGCCUCCUGUGGAUAACAAAUCAAAUGACACCGCAGACAGCUUUCCAAACUUCAACUUCGGCAAUGUAGAGAAUACAGAGGAUGGUUUUCCAAACAACUUCAAUUUUGGAAAUGGUGGAAACGGAGACGAUGGAGAUGAUUUGUGGGCAAAAGGAGAAACUGUUCCCAUUCAGAAUCCAGUAGGAUUUGACUUUAGUUUCUUAAAUCCAACGCCACCAAGUGAAGACUCCUGCCACCCUAAUUAUUGUCAAGUCCUAAACCCCUGCAAUAGUUCUUCUGUGUGUGUGAAUAGUCAAGAAUGCAACAAAACAAUGUGCCAAAUUUUGACAACAAGUAACACAAAGAAAACUACUAUGAAAGCUUCUGCUUUACCAAAAAAAAAGAAAGAUUUCCCAGUGAACAACUGUGCCAAUGUGUCUGCAAUUAAUUGUCCAGACCCAGAGAACUGCUUUGAUCUCUUUAAUUGUGUAUGCAAACCAGGGUUUGCUGGGAUCAACUGUCUUGAGACUUGUGACCUGGCAUGUGUCCCAGAUCAUGGAGAGUGCAGAAUUCAAAUGAAUGUUAGCAAUUAUAAUCAGAAAAUUAUGCAUUGCAACUGUCACAAUGAGUGGGGAGGUGAUUUGUGUGAAACAGCCAUUGUUGACCCUGAAGUUGCAGCUUCAAUUGCACAUGAGAAGGAACAAAAAGCUCGUGUAAUGAUAGCUGUUUUGGCUGGUGCUGCAGCACUAGCUGUGUGUGCUGCUGUCGUUACCCCAAUAGUUCUAUGGAGGCUUCGAGUCAUCUUUGUUCUUAAGUUAAUUUACUUCUUCAAGCCCUAUGAUAAUGAUGAAGAUAAACUCUAUGAUGCCUAUGUAUCUAUGUCCUCCACUUCAAAUGCUGAGAAGUUUGUUUAUCAUGAGCUGAGGCCCAAAUUAGAAGAUUGUGGAUUUAAGUUGUACCUGCAGGCCAGGGACAAUUGUCCAGGAAAAGCACUUAGUGAGGACAUCUUAGAAGCUGUUGAAAAAAGUCGCUGUACUAUCAUGAUAGUUACUCAGGAUUAUAUCAGCAGUGAAUGGAACAGAUUUGAGUACUUGAUAGCCCAACAUGAGUCUUUAAAAUUGAGGCAAAAAAUCAUUCCCAUAAUACUUGAAAAACUAGAAAAGGAAACCACUAUGGAAAAAGCUCUGAAGCAUAUUUUAGCUUCUGUUAAAUGUUUAAAAUAUCCACAACAGAUCUCAGCAGAAGCAACAUCCCAAUGCAAUGACAAAUCAUCAAAUAACUUAAUCUGUGUUUGGAAUACAGUACGUGUAAGCAAGCACAGUUCCCAUGAUCCAGACAAACAACAAGCCAAAAUAUGCAAGGCUGAGGAAAAAUUCUGGAAGUGUCUAGAACUUACCAUGCCAAAAAUAAAGAAACCUAAAAACAAUGCCAAAAAAGAUGUGGAGAAACCAGAUUCUUCAAAUGAAAACUCUUAUCCAUUGUUUUUCAAUAGUAAUAAUGACAAAUUGACAGAUAUACGGUUAACUGAUAUUACUGUAGAAUAAGUGUACAUUGUAUGAGUGAAAAAUGUUUAUGUUAAGAAGAAAAUGAUUUGAUCUGGGUUUUAAAAGUAAUUUUGAGCAAAUUAAUUUUUUCCUAUUUCAAAUAGUAACACUCACACCAAUGUUAAAAAUAGAUGAUAUUCAUGUGAUAUAAUUUGGUUCAGAAUCAACCCUUACUUACCUUCAACAGGUUUGGGGGCUAUAGGAUGUAAUAAUUUUUCUAUACAAAAUUGUAUAACUGGCAAAUGUAAUAUUUUUGAAGUUUAAGGAAGACUUGGCAAAGAGAGAAGGAAAAAAAACAAGAUAUGGGUUUGAGACUAUUUAGUGAAAUAAAUUCUUGUUUUUUUUUACCAUGCUGUUAUGGGGAUUGUGUGCCAGUAAAAUGUUAUCAUUACUAAAUUUCAAAUCUCAUAAUUGUAUACUAUUGCUUGUGCACAUUUAAAAAAAAAACAACUUUGUCAUUUUUUUACCUAACAGAAAUCCAAGAAUACACAGUUUUGUUGCUUCAAAGUUGUACUAAAUUGUGCCUUAUGAUUUUUUUAACACAUUUGUUUUAUCAGUGUAUGAAUGACCAACUAUUUGACACUAAAAUGGACAAAUCUUUAAAUGUUUUUUAAAAAAAUAUGCAUCAACAUAUUAUUUUAUCUAGUCUCAAGAAAAUAAUAAUUGGAAGAGUUUAGGGCAAUACUGUUUUGUUAUUUGCUUUAUUUAUGAACAUUUUUUAGUUAUUCUAAUCUUGUUAUUUGAUAUGGAAUUUAUGGGCUAGUUGUAGACCACUUGAUAAAUGGCAGACUUUUCCUGCACUAUUGGGCACAUAGGGGGUCAAGCUCUCUCAACAGAGAUUGGUCAUAAGCAACUUCCACAGCUUCUUUGGUGCCCACAGAUUUUUAGGUCUUUUAACAGAGUGCAAAGCCAUGUUAUGGAUGGCAUUCACUUUAGUUAACAAGCUCCUGGUAGAGAAUGGGAUUCUUGUCAUGUAAAGCAGCACACUAAAAGCACUAAGAUGAGAGGGAUGAAUUUCUGAUGCAGAACAAAGAGAAAAGGUCCUUUGAAGAAAUUAUAAAAAGAAAAGGAACAGGCAUCUCAAAUCUGAUCAGUUCAGUCAGUUGUUCUAUUAGGAUGGCUGCCUGGUCGUGCGGUUUGCACGCUGGACUGUCGUUCGGAUAUAUUGACGGUCGAGGGUUCAAACCCUGCCCGCUCCCAUCCCCCGUCGUCCUGCGGGAGGUUUGGACUAGGAAGUAAACUAUCUUCCACUCUGAAGGAACAUCCGAAUUAUGUUAAACAUUUUACAAACAUUUUAGUGAGUCAUUAAAGAAUUAUUCUGUUUCGUAUUUAACAAGAUUUCUAAUUUGUUUUUUUUUUAUUUGGAUUUACUUUAUAAUUCUUAGAAAUAUAAGACAUUAAACACACAAAUCAUUACUCUGUGUGCUUCGGUGUGUAGGCCUAACCUUAUUCACCUGCCUGUUGAAACUCAGUUAAAAGACCAUAAAGGCAUUAAACAUAAUAUCUAUCACAAUUCUCUUAUUAAAAUGUAGCAGUAAGUCUUAAAGGGAUUUAAAAGGAAUUCUUAAGUUUAUUCAGCUUUAAUGUUUACUUCUCGUAUGUAGAAAAAGUAAAGGUGGGUGUGCUAAUUUUUUUUGUUCCCAUGAUCUUUGAGUGUUUUUAUGAUGAUCCGUAUGUUUUUGAACUAAUAAAAAUAAAACUUAAAAGAGUCAUAUCAAUUUGCAGCUUUAUCAAUAAAACUGUAUUUGUUGAAUGUUUUCUAGACCUUAAAAAAUCUGUCCAAUUCUGAGAUGGGACAUUGUAGCCAUUUGUGGAACAUCCUGAAUGAAUUGUUUUUUUUUUUGUAUGUAUAAUAUUCAAGUAUCUACCUUUGUUGAUAAAAAAAUAUUUUUAAUUUCAAAGGCAGCUGGUUCUGCCCAAAAAUGAUAUUUUAUUUAUUUUUUUUAGAUGAAGUUUGUACUUUUUUUUUGUUAUCACGUUCGUUUCAAUGGAAUAUAUGAGUGUAAAAAUUGUAAUCUAAUCUUCAAGACAAUAGAUUGACUUUAUAUUUUUAUCAUCAUCAUAUUGGAAAUCUUUUAUUAUUACUUACAAAAAAAAAAUGUUUUCAUUGAAUGUCAAGCAGUUUGUUUUCUAAUGUGAUGUAACAGCGAGACCAAUCCUUAUAGAAAGCCUGAACAUGACAUGUGACAUCUCAACCUGUGGGUAAUUUAAACCAAUAGCUGGAUGCCAUGUCACAGGUCUCGAAUAGAGGGGUUGAUUGUAUAUUAAAUAAAGUGGUCUCUUAUUUGAUAGUCUUGUAGAUAAAGUCAUCUAUGAUUUUCAUUGUCCUGGGCUUAAAUUAAUCCAAGUUACUCAUUGCAUUAUGAUGUCCACAAUGCUUUAGAUUUAUAGGAAUAAUACUUGUCAUUACUAAACAUGUUUGUCUAUAUAUUAAAUUUGUUUGAUCUAGUCUUUCAACAAAGUAAAUUAGUGAUAUUACAUUUCUUGAGCAUUUAUUUAUAACAUGGAUUUUCUGAUGGAGAUUGAUAGGCUAAAAAUUCAUACUCAAUCUUUAUAGUGAUGAUUAGUGAUAUGUGAGCAAGAGUGAAAUUCUUGGUCCAAGUUUCUAUGAUGUAAAUGAUUCUAAGUCAAUGUUCAAAACAGAUUGAUAAUUUUUUUUUUACAGUUUUAUAUUGUGUUCAAUCACAUUGUAAUUAUAUCAAACGUCUAGUUCCUUAACUUUUACAUGUACUUAAGACCAUUUUGUAUCUUUCCUCUUUCAUUAUGCCAUGUCUGGACAUAUUUUCAUAUAGGCCCAUAGAGAAAUUUUAAAAUAUAAUUUUGUUCAGUUUUAAAAACAUUUUAAAAUAUUUAAAAUUAUAUGCUUAACCAUCGACAAAUAAAGAAAUUUAUACUC